AUGGUUCUUUGGAUUGCCAAUAAAAUCACUGCCCUUUUUUACUACAACAUCAGCAUAAUCUUUUUGACAUUUAACAUGAGUAACAUCAAUAACACCAACAGCACCAAUGACUUUGUCAUUGUCAGUGAGACUUCUUCCAAGAAGUACGAUACUGCUUUAACCGAGUUUAAUUCUAUCUUUCUUAUUGGAAGACAAUUUUCUUCAACUGUAGCUGUUUGUGAAGCUGUCAAGGCAUAUGGUGCCACGCAUAAUAUUGCAUUUUCCACCAUGUUUUCAUCAGAAACUCGCAUAAAGAUGAUCUGUAAGCAUGCAGACAAAUAUAGAGACACUUAUAAGGCUGUAAAGAUUGCUUUAAAAACCUCUGCCAGCAAAGAGAGCCCCCUUCCUGGAUGA